AUGUCUGGUUUAUACUAUCUCUACCUCAAGGUCGCCGCAGUACUAUUGAGGGCACUGACAAAGCUGGAAUGGAAAAUCGCCCCCAGACCUGAUUCUGUUGGAUUCAUUCCAUCUCGCGAACCCGGGCGCAAUAUUAGAGUCCAUUUUUACCACUCGUCUCUGUCCAACACUCGCGAGCCAUCCAACGUGCUGAUCAACUUCCACGGAAGCGGCUUUGUUCUUCCUCUACACGGCAGCGACGAUGAAUUUUGCCGCCAAAUCAGCCGAAACACCAAGUAUUCAGUCAUGGAUGUGCAAUACCGCCUGGCACCAGAAAACCCCUUUCCAGCCGCACUGCACGAUGCCCAGGACGCCGUCCAGUGGGUUCUGAACCACCCCGACCGUUUCAAUCUCCAGACCCUGUCGAUAUGUGGCUUCAGUGCAGGAGGCAACCUCGCGCUUGUUGCCUCUUCAUACCUGUUCCCGCCGCACACUUUCCGCUCAGUCAUCACCUUUUACCCCAGCGUCGAGGCCUUUGUCGACCCCGCUACCCUGGUAUCUCCCGAUGCUGGUGGAAGACCUCUUCCGACAUAUGUGGUCCGCUUGUUUAAGCAAUGUUAUCUACAAUCGGGGGAAGAUGCAUAUGAUCCGCGCAUGUCGCCAGCCCUGGCUGAAGUGCGAAACUUUCCUCGCAAUGUCCUCAUCAUCACGGCCGGAUACGACACCCUUGCCUACGAGGCCGAGAGACUCGCCGAGAAACUGAGGCAGAAUCCCGACCGACGUGUUGUCUCGGAACGAAUGGAGAAAUGUGAUCAUGCCUGGGACAAGUUGGUCAAGCGUGGGACACGCGAGUGGGAUCUCAAAUGCCGGGCGUAUGAGAUGGCUGUUGAGCUCCUGCAGGACUAA